AUAAUGGGUAUGCAGAUGGCAGGCACUUUCGUUGCAGCCACCUUCCUUGUAGCGUUGCUUAUCUGGACCCCCGCGCCGGUUGAUGCAGUCCAUGCAAAUUUUUCGGAUUUUCCGUAUAUACAAUAUCUGACACAUCCACCGGAGAUCAUCAGGAAGCCGCAAAAUCAGGGCGUGCGUGUCGGAGGCGUGGCCAGCUUCUAUUGUGCGGCACGCGGUGAUCCACCCCCAUCGAUUGUUUGGCGCAAAAAUGGCAAAAAAGUUUCAGGCACUCAAUCGCGCUACACUGUGCUGGAGCAACCGGGCGGCAUUUCCAUACUGAGAAUCGAGCCCGUUCGGGCGGGACGCGAUGAUGCGCCAUACGAGUGCGUGGCUGAGAACGGCGUGGGCGACGCCGUAUCCGCAGAUGCAACUUUAACCAUCUAUGAAGGCGAUAAAACACCCGCAGGAUUUCCGGUUAUAACCCAGGGUCCAGGGACACGCGUCAUCGAAGUGGGUCACACGGUCCAAAUGCAAUGCAAAGCCAUCGGCAAUCCCACACCGACAAUCUACUGGAUCAAGAAUCAGACAAAGGUGGACAUGAGCAAUCCCAGAUAUGUCAUAAAUAACGGCAUUCUUCAAAUCAACAACAGCCGUGAAGAGGAUCAAGGCAAAUACGAGUGUGUUGCAGAGAAUUCCAUUGGCACCGAGCACUCGAAGGCAACCAACUUGUAUGUGAAAGUGCGUCGUGUUCCGCCAACUUUCUCCCGUCCACCAGAGACCAACAACGAAGUGAUGCUAGGAUCAAAUCUAAAUCUCUCCUGCAUUGCUGUUGGCUCACCCAUGCCGGCUGUCAGAUGGAUGAAGGGUGCACAUGAUCUGACGCCAGAGAACGAUAUACCCAUUGGAAGGAAUGUGCUGCAGCUGACAAACAUACAGGAAAGUGCGAAUUUUACCUGCAUAGCAGCCUCUUCCUUGGGUCAAAUUGAAUCCGUGUCUGUUGUCAAAGUGCAAUCUCUGCCUACGGCUCCGACUGAUGUGCGCAUCUCUGAGGUGACGGCGACUUCGGUGCGCCUGGAAUGGUCCUACAAAGGUCCCGAAGAUCUGCAGUACUAUGUCAUCCAAUACAAGCCGAAGAAUGCGAAUCAGGCCUUCAGCGAGAUUAGCGGCAUCAUAACCAUGUUCUAUGUGGUGCGUGCUCUCAGUCCUUAUACGGAAUACGAGUUCUAUGUGAUUGCCGUUAACAAUAUUGGACGUGGUCCGCCCUCGACUCCUGCGACCUGUACCACCGGUGAUUUUUCAAUUGGUGGCACAAAAAUGGAAAGUGCACCUCGUAAUGUGCAAGUGCGCCCGUUGAGCUCAUCCACGAUGAUUAUUACUUGGGAGCCACCAGAGACGCCCAAUGGACAAGUGACCGGCUACAAGGUGUACUACACGACCAAUUCAAAUCAACCGGAGGCCUCUUGGAAUGCCCGAAUGAUUGACAAUAGCGAACUCACAACCAUAUCGGAGCUAACACCCCAUGCCAUCUACACGGUCCGCAUACAAGCAUACACCUCAAUGGGAGCCGGUCCAAUGUCCACGCCGGUUCAGGUGAAGACACAGCAAGGUGUGCCAUCACAACCGAGCAAUUUCCGGGCCACUGAUAUCGGCGAGACCGCAGUCACAUUGCAAUGGUCCAAGCCGACGCAUUCCAGCGAGAAUAUUGUCCAUUAUGAGCUCUAUUGGAAUGACACAUACGCCAAUCAGGAUCAUCACAAGCGCAUUUCCAACUCGGAGUCCUAUACGCUUGAUGGUUUGUAUCCUGAUACCCUGUACUACAUUUGGCUGGCAGCUCGUUCGCAGCGCGGCGAAGGCGCAACCACGCCCCCAAUACCAGUACGCACCAAACAAUAUGUACCAGGUGCUCCGCCACGCAAUAUCACGGCGAUUGCGAACAGCUCGACAACGAUCUCGCUUAGCUGGCUGCCACCACCAGCGGAGCGCUCCAAUGGGCGCAUCAUAUACUAUAAGGUGCUGUUCGUGGAGGUGGGUCGCGAGGACGACGAGGCGUCCACUCUCACUCUGAACAUGACCCAAAUAGUGCUCGAUGAGUUAAAGCGCUGGACCGAGUACAAGAUCUGGGUACUCGCCGGCACCUCGGUGGGCGAUGGUCCACGCUCACAUCCGAUUAUAAUUCGCACUCAAGAGGAUGUGCCUGGAGAUCCACAAGAUGUUAAAGCGACUCCUCUGAACUCUACCUCGAUACAUGUUAGCUGGAAGCCCCCAUUGGAAAAGGAUCGUAAUGGUAUCAUUCGUGGCUAUCACAUUCACGUACAAGAGAUGCGCGAUGAGGGCAAGGGCUUCCUUAACGAGCCCUUCAAGUUCGAUGUGGUCGACAUGCUGGAGUACAGUGCGACAGGGUUGCAACCCGAUACAAAGUAUUCAAUACAGGUGGCAGCUCUAACCCGCAAGGGUGACGGCGAUCGCAGCCAGGCCGUGAUUGUCAAAACACCUGGCGGUGUACCAGUACGUCCCACGGUAAGUCUCAAGAUUAUGGAACGCGACCCCAUUGUAUCCAUUGAGCUGGAAUGGGAGCGACCAGCACAAACGUAUGGUGAAUUACGUGGCUAUCGACUACGCUGGGGCGUCAAGGAUCAACCGCUAAAAGAGGAGAUGCUAUCCGGCCCACAGAUGACGAAGAAGCGUUUCAAUGAUCUCGAGCGUGGUGUCGAGUACGAGUUUCGUGUGGCGGGCAGCAAUCACAUUGGAAUUGGCCAGGAAACAGUAAAGAUAUUCCAGACACCCGAGGGAACACCAGCUGGACCACCCUCGAACAUAACCGUACGCUUCCAAACACCCGACGUCGUCUGUGUCACCUGGGAUCCUCCGACUCGGGAUAAUCGCAAUGGCUUAAUCACACGCUACGAUGUGCAGUUCCACAAGAAAAUCGAUCACGGCCUGGGCUCUGAACGCAACAUGACGCUGCGUAAGGCAGUCUUCACCAACCUAGAGGAGAACACCGAGUAUAUCUUCCGGGUUCGCGCUUAUACCAAGCAGGGAGCCGGUCCCUUUAGCGAGAAAAUCAUUGUGGAAACUGAACGCGACAUGGGACGUGCUCCAAUGUCUGUUCAAGCGGUAGCCACUUCUGAGCAGACAGCGGAAAUCUGGUGGGAACCUGUGCCCAGUCGAGGCAAACUCUUGGGCUAUAAGAUCUUCUACACCAUGACCGCAGUGGAGGAUCUGGAUGAUUGGCAAACCAAAACAGUAGGUCUAACGGAAUCCGCUGAUCUAGUGAACCUCGAAAAGUUUGCCCAAUAUGCUUUGGCCAUUGCGGCGCGAUUCAAGAAUGGUCUGGGACGCCUCAGCGAGAAGGUUACGGUGCGCAUCAAGCCCGAAGAUGUGCCUCUCAAUCUGCGUGCACAUGAUGUAAGCACACACUCGAUGACACUCUCUUGGUCGCCACCCAUUCGCCUCAAUCCGGUUAACUACAAGAUCAGCUUCGAUGCCAUGAAGGUGUUUGUGGAUUCGCAGGGUUUCUCCCAAACACAGACAGUGCAGAAGCGCGAAAUCAUUCUCAAGCACUUCGUCAAGACGCACACAAUCAACGAACUGAGUCCUUUUACCACCUAUAAUGUGAAUGUGAGCGCCAUUCCUUCGGACUAUUCAUACAGACCGCCCACAAAAAUUACGGUAACCACCCAAAUGGCAGCACCACAGCCCAUGGUCAAGCCGGAUUUCUAUGGUGUGGUUAAUAGCGAGGAAAUUCUUGUAAUCUUGCCGCAAGCCUCAGAGGAGUAUGGUCCAAUCUCACACUAUUAUCUGGUUGUGGUUCCGGAGGAUAAAUCCAAUCUGCACAAGAAUCCCGACCAGUUUCUGACUGAUGAUCUGCUGCCGGGUCGCAACAAACCCGAACGUCCCAAUGCUCCCUACAUUGCCGCCAAGUUUCCACAACGCUCCAUACCUUUCACAUUCCAUUUGGGCUCUGGCGAUGACUAUCAUAACUUUACCAAUCGCAGGCUGGAGCGUGAGAAACGCUAUCGCAUCUUUGUACGUGCCGUUGUAGAUACACCACAGAAGCAUUUGUACACCUCGAGUCCGUUCUCGGAGUUCCUAUCGCUGGACAUGCGUGAAGCACCGCCCGGCGAACGUCCACAUCGCCCCGAUCCGAACUGGCCAUCGGAACCAGAGGUUUCCGUGAAUCGCAACAAGGACGAACCUGAAAUACUGUGGGUUGUGCUACCCCUGAUAGCCGCCUUCGUUGUCUCCACCACGCUGAUUGUGCUCUAUGUGGUGAAGCGUCGUCGUCAGCCCUGCAAAACACCUGAUCAGGCAGCGGUGACGCGACCUUUGAUGGCUGCUGACUUGGGAGCUGGACCCACACCAAGUGAUCCCGUGGACAUGCGCAGACUGAACUUCCAAACACCCGGCAUGAUCUCACAUCCGCCCAUACCCAUCUCGGAGUUCGCCAAUCACAUUGAGCGACUCAAGUCCAAUGACAAUCAGAAAUUCUCUCAGGAAUACGAGAGCAUCGAGCCAGGCCAGCAGUUCACCUGGGACAACUCGAACUAUGAGCACAACAAGUCGAAGAAUCGCUAUGCCAACGUUACUGCCUACGAUCACUCGCGCGUCCAGUUGCCGGCACAGGAAAAUGUCCUUGGCUCGGACUACAUCAAUGCCAACUAUUGUGAUGGCUAUCGAAAGCACAAUGCUUAUGUGGCCACACAAGGACCGCUGCAGGAGACCUUUGCAGACUUCUGGCGCAUGUGCUGGGAACUGAAGACUGCGACCAUUGUGAUGAUGACUCGUUUGGAGGAACGCACUCGCAUCAAAUGCGAUCAGUAUUGGCCGUCGCGUGGCACCGAGACCUAUGGCCAGAUCUUUGUGACGAUCACAGAGACCCAGGAGCUGGCCACCUAUAGCAUACGCACAUUCCAGCUAUGCCGUCAGGGCUUCAACGAUCGACGAGAGAUCAAACAGCUGCAAUUUACUGCCUGGCCAGAUCAUGGUGUGCCUGAUCAUCCGGCUCCGUUCCUUCAGUUCCUGCGUCGCUGUCGCGCUCUCACUCCGCCCGAGUCUGGUCCCGUUGUGGUUCACUGCUCAGCGGGUGUUGGUCGCACUGGUUGCUACAUCGUCAUCGACUCGAUGCUGGAGCGCAUGAAGCACGAGAAGAUUAUUGACAUAUAUGGCCAUGUGACAUGUCUGCGUGCCCAACGCAACUACAUGGUCCAAACGGAGGAUCAGUACAUCUUCAUACACGACGCCAUCUUGGAGGCCAUCAUCUGUGGCCUAACCGAAGUCGCUGCACGCAAUCUGCACACCCAUUUGCAAAAACUGCUGACCACCGAACCGGGCGAGAGCAUUUCGGGCAUGGAAGUGGAGUUCAAGAAACUGUCCAAUGUCAAGAUGGACUCUUCCAAAUUUGUUACCGCCAAUUUGGCCUGCAACAAGCACAAGAAUCGUUUGGUUCACAUUCUGCCCUACGAGUCAAGUCGUGUGUACCUCACACCCAUACACGGUAUCGAGGGAAGUGACUAUGUGAACGCCAGUUUUAUUGAUGGCUAUCGCUAUCGCUCGGCCUACAUUGCUGCUCAGGGACCCGUUCAGGAUACCGCCGAGGACUUUUGGCGCAUGCUCUGGGAGCACAAUUCCACCAUUGUCGUCAUGUUGACCAAACUCAAGGAGAUGGGCAGAGAAAAGUGUUUCCAAUACUGGCCCCAUGAACGCUCCGUUCGCUAUCAGUAUUAUGUUGUGGACCCCAUUGCCGAGUACAAUAUGCCCCAAUACAAGCUGCGAGAGUUCAAGGUAACCGAUGCCCGUGAUGGUUCCUCACGCACCGUGCGCCAAUUCCAGUUCAUCGAUUGGCCCGAACAGGGCGUGCCCAAGUCAGGCGAGGGCUUCAUCGAUUUCAUUGGUCAGGUGCACAAAACGAAGGAACAAUUUGGCCAAGAUGGCCCCAUUACUGUGCACUGUUCGGCUGGCGUUGGGCGCACUGGGGUCUUCAUCACGCUGAGCAUUGUGCUGGAGCGCAUGCAAUACGAGGGUGUGCUGGAUGUGUUCCAAACAGUGCGAAUUCUACGCUCUCAGCGCCCCGCCAUGGUCCAGACCGAAGAUCAGUAUCAUUUCUGCUAUCGCGCGGCUUUGGAGUACUUGGGAUCAUUCGACAACUACGCAAACUGAAAUGCAAUUGGAGCUGCAGUUGUAGUUGGAUUUUAAAUUAUAAAAUCCAACUGGCCACAGAGCAAAAACUUUGAAAACUUUAAGUUAUGUUAAGUGUUGCAUGUUCGUUUGCAAACUGUACGCAUAAUACGCAUUUACGAUAUACAUAGAAUACACGGAUACCUUAACUUUAAAGUAUUAUAGCCAGAUACUGCCCACACAUACAUAUUACUUAACAACAUGCAUGCACAUUCGAAUAUGUGUGUGUAUUACUAUAUAUACGAUUUUUGUAUUUUAUCCGAGUCUUUGUUUAUCUUAUCUUAACUAUCGUCCGUCUUUAUUUUUUAAUUGCCCCUCGGUCUUAACUCUUGCUUUUGUUUUUUGGAAAUAAUUGUGAACUCAAGAAGACUGUUACACGUUUAAUUAUCAGUAAUUUACCUAUGCCAUAUACAUAAAUACAUAUGCAAACAAACACAUGUGUGUGUGUGUGUAUAAAUAUAUGUGCAUACAGUUUUUGCUCUAACUAAUCAAAGUAGUCAAUCAACUUGUUGUUGUUGCGUGGCCCGAUCAGCCCGCACUGGUAACCUAUACAUAUUUUAACUAAGGACUUGGUAGCUAUUAGACGUACCGCCUAAAUGAAUCUCGAAACAAAGUAGCUCGAAUAGAAUGAGAAAAUGAGAAUAUAGGAGACGGGAAAGUGUAUCCAAUUUAUCAGACACAUUUCGUACAUGUGCCGUAUGGUAGAUAAAUGUGUAUGCAAUCAAUCAAUCAAAUAUGUUAAUGUGUUUUUUUAUACCAAUUGAAAAUUCCGCUUAGGUUCUAUGAUUAUCAGAUCUGUUCUGCAUUACAUUUUUGCGUCAAUUUAAUCAAAUUCGCUGACAACUGAAAUGCAAUUAAUACGGCGAUUGAUACUUGAUUAGAAAGUGCAAUCCUGAACAGAAGUCCGCAUAUUUAUCUAAUGCAAAACAUGUAAACCGUGCAAUUAGUCAAAAAGUCUUGCGUAGUGCAUAUCUUAAGGCAGCUAUUUUUAAUUAGUUACUAGUUUAAGUUAACAGUUAUCGAUUAGUUUUAAUUAUUCCAGGACAUAGAUUGAUAUAGAAUUAUAUUCGUGUGUAUUAAGAGAGCUGUCCAAAUUCGCAAAAAGCUCUCCCCUUUUUAUCGCUUAAUCCUUCCAACAUUUGGAGAUUACAUUCACUCUUUUAUAUCCAUCCAACUUGAGAUUAUUGGGAAUAUUACUUAAAUCCAAGCUUUGAUUCUUCGAAGUUUUUUGAUUUCUACUUCGCAAUCGAUUUCAUAGGAAUUAACAAUAUCUACUUUGAGGAAUAAUUCAUAUUUCGUAAAAUACGCUGUAGUUAUGUUCAUGUGAAAUUGAGGUGAUCGUACAAUUCGAAAUAUUUUUGUUUGAUUUAAGCAUGAUAUGUUUAGAUUCCUGUAUAUACCAGAACCACUGCAGCUAAUUAGGAUCUUACAGCUAGAAAAUUAUGGUACCUAAAGUGUAUGAAAAAGGCAGCAUAGAUAAUAAUACCCAAGCAGAUAGACGGAGCAAGCGACAAGUAAUAACAUAACUGUAGAUAUGUAUUGUAGAACAUAUAAUAUAUGCGUAUAUACUAUUACAAAACAUUUAUACUUAUUAUUGUCUAAGAAAAGUAUAAUAAUGUACAUAAAAAAGGAUAUAUUGAAUGAUCGAAUUCGAAUUCCGAUCGCAAACAUAUUUAUAAAAGACGUUAGCAAAGCGAUAACUAAAUUAUUAGCCCAAAAGAAAAACACAUGUUAAACAACAAUAGUAAUAAUCCAUACAUUAUAAAACUAAUGAUUAGUUAUACAUAGUCACAUACAUAUAAUUCAAAUUGUUAGCGAGUUGCCCAGAAAGUGAAUUGGCCAUAGGAAAAUUGACAAGUUUGGCGUUUUGCCGUUGGCCCAGAAUGGGGCGUAUUUGGAAUGAAUAAUAAUGAAAUUAUAGCGAUAAACCGAUACCGAUAGCAACAUUAGAUGUCUAGAAUAAUCAACGUUGCAAGCAUAUAUAAGUACAUAUUUAGCAUAGCAUACUAAAUCAAUAUAAAUAUAUAUACAUUAAUAAUUGCAUAUGUAAAAUAUACAGAUUAUUGUAUAUUACAUCAAUUUGUCGGCUUGUCGAAUUUUGUUAAUAUAUAUAAAAAUUGUUUAAUAUUACAUAUAUAUUUUAACAAUUAGUCAGAUAUUAACAAUUUUAAUGCUAAAUGCAGAACCCUAAAAAUAAUUAUAAUAAUCAAGCUGCAUAUUGAGCGAGCGUAUUUCAUAUGUAUUUAAUUAAGUAAGGAACAUAUUACGUUAAACAUUACCAUACGACUAUAUGUAUCAGAUAUAUAUACAUAUAUAUAUAUAAUUUUGACGAACCGAAAAACCAAUGAAAAUCAAUAAUAAAAGGCGAAAUAAAUUACACAAUAUACAAAAAA